CGCCAGCCAGAGUUUGUUCUCACAGAUAACAAGCGAGUCUUCCUAGAAUCAAGGGCGGAUAGCAAGAAUAAAAUCCGGUUGGCAUGGGCUAGAUGCAUAUCGGUCCAGUGAUAAAGGCAUACAUCGACCGGAUACCUUGUGAUCCUCCUGGGAGGAAAAGCGCCAAGAAGCGGUAUAGCGUUGUUCCACCGAUUUCUCCAACUUCCUUAACGAGUGAAUGCCUAAUCUUGCGACUUUUGACGCGAUCUUUAGCGAAUGAACAUGGUGGAAAGAAUACUGUGAAGGAUAGAUGAUUCAUCAUGGCCCCAGGUCCGAAGCGGUCUUCAGACAGAAUUUGUGGUCUCCCGACGUAAGCAAUUCAACUUUUAGCUCUCAGCGCCCCCUUAAACCUCAGGAUACGCAAUAUUUUAACGAGCUAAGCAUGUGAAUUGUAACCUGAAGAUAGUAGAACAGCAAGGACCAUGCAAGUUGGAACC